AUGACCGAUAUGGCGCUGCGCCCUAAUGGAAUGAAUCCUGGACGUACCUAUCGUUGGUACACCGAUGCCGUAAUCCCUUUCGGCUUUGGUCUUCACUAUACCACCUUUGACGUCUCUUGGGUCAACUCGAAGAUGGGCCCUUACAACACUGCGGCCCUUGUUGCGCAUGCGGGAGCAUCAAAGUACGAAGACACUGCUGUCUUUGACACCUUCCAAGUCAAAGUGAAGAACACCGGAAAAGUUACAUCCGACUAUGUCGCAUUGGUCUUCGCCUCCACCAACAACGCUGGCCCCAAGCCGUAUCCUAUCAAAACUCUGAUCGGCUAUGCGCGAGCUUUCUCUGUCAAGCCCGGAGAGACCCAGACAGUCGGUAUUUCCGUGACACUUGGCUCCAUGGCACGCACUGCUGCUAACGGAGAUUUGGUGCUGUACCCUGGGUCGUAUAGUUUGGAACUGGAUGUGGGCCAACAGUAUCCACAUGCCGAGUUGACAAUUAAUGGACCUGAGAAGGUUCUGGACGCGUUCCCACAGCCUCCUUCAUCUUGA